AUGGUGUUAGAUACAGAGAUGAGGUACUUGCGGCGGUGUCUGGAGCUCGCCCGUGAGGCGCUCGACGCAGGGGAUGCCCCCUUUGGGUCGGUGCUGGUGGACAGCACCGGCAGGAUCCUCAAGGAAGAUCGCAACCGAGUCCAAACCGGCAGGGAUCUCACGCUACACCCAGAGUUCACGUUAGCUCAGUGGGCCUCUCAGCACCUGUCUCCCGAAGAGCGUGCCGCGGCAACGAUCUACACCUCAGGGGAGCAUUGCCCAAUGUGUUCGACUCUCCACGCAUACGCGGGCUUGGGCAGGAUCGUUUACGUCGCCAGUGCCCAGCAGUUUGUUCAGUGGAGGGCUGAGUUUGGCGGUCGGCCGUCUUCUGUGCACAUGCGUCCUAUCAACGACAUUGCGCCCGGCGUUCUUGUGGAAGGCCCAGUGCCGCAGCUGGAAGAUGCCAUCCGUGAGCUUCAUAGGCUCAAAGCCGUGCGCACCGCAGCCAAGUAG